AUGACAUCAGCUCCUGCAUAUCAUAUAACGCCGCCAGAAUCAUUUCCUUUUUCGAUUCCCUCGGAAUGGCCUAAAUGGAAGCAAAGAUUUCUACGUUUCCGAACUGCUUCUGGACUAAUAACAAAAACAGAAGAGGAACAAGUGGAUGCUCUCAUAUACGUCAUGGGUGAUAAAGCCGAGGACAUAUUUCUUUCGCUCAGUAUAUCGGAAGAGGAUAAAAAGAAAUUCCAGGAGAAAACUGAAAUUAUGGAUAAAAAGAAGAGACCCAGUGGUGCAUUUAAACGCAAACAACGCCAAGAAAGAGAAGAUAGUAAACAAAAAUUGCCCAAAAUUGACAAGUUUUUUAGUCAGCCUUCUGCAAGUACAUCUGGCCAAAAUAUUUCUUUUGAUAGUGACUCAAAUAAUGUGGUAACUGCAGUGUUGGUUAAGAAGCCUACUGAAGAAGACUCGACAAUUAUUGCAGUUGGAGAUACCUCCGCCGCCGAUCAAGUGGACGUGAAUGAUGUUUGCAUGACACACAUAAGAGCGGAGGGUUUGGAGGAACCACAGACCUCUACAUUUUUCGAAAAUGUGUUCGAUAAAUCUUCUUAUGACUUGGGAAACUUCACGAACAAGAUAUUAAGUGAUAGCGAAAAACGUCUAAUUCUUAAUAUGGGGCCUUUACAGCCUUCAGGACCUUUUCCAACAGACAUCAACCAGAACAAUAGGUGUUUUUCAAAAUCGUACUACGUUUCGUAUUCUAAAUACGGGCCAGUUAAUCGUUUUUGGUUGUGUUACUCCAAAAUACUAGACGCUGCCUAUUGUCAACCCUGCUGGUUAUUUGCUUCACAAAGGCAUAAUGCUUGGUGUACGGGAAUUCGAGAUUGGAAGCAUUUAUCAGAAAGAAUUAAACUACACAGUUGUUCGAGUGGCCAUUCGGAAGCAUGUGCUGUGUAUGAAUUUUGGAAGAAAAAAAACGAUACUAAUACUAUCGACAAGGAACUUGAAAAUGAAAUUCGCAAAGAAGCAUCAUUUUGGAAAAUGGUUCUUCAAAGGUUAUUCAAUAUCAUACUUACCCUAGCAAAGAGUUCUUUGGCUUUGAGAGGACAUCAAGAAGACUUACGUCAGAAAGGAUACCACGGAAAUUUUCUGUCCUUCGUAUAG